CUGCAGACUCACACUUCUGCUUUUUCGCUCUCAGGCUCAGAAUCAUCCAGGAAGAUUCUUCAUUCAGCUUUUUCAAAAUGCUCAAACUGUGUUUUUAGUGUUUUUGUCAACAGAGGAGGUUUUUUUCUCUGAGAGUGAACCGGCAGCGCGAUGGCUCAGAAGCGGCUGCAGAGGCCGAUCCCGAAGAGGCUGAAGAAGCUGAUGUACAUCAGCCCUGUGGUCACCGUCCUGUCUGUCACCGUGCUGAUGUGGACCUUCAGGUCGGACAGGAACGUCCAGUCCUGGCUGAUGUUCUACCAAAGUGUUUCUCACUCCUCGGGGAAGGAGACGCCUGCUGAAGCCUGCCAGCAGCGGCGCUGCGUCCAGAGCAGCCCGGCUCCCGCAGUCGGUCCGGAGGAGGAACCCUUCAUCUUACCAGUGAACGGAACCAAGACCCUGCUGAUAUCAGCCUACCUGGAGCACCGCGUCCACAGCAAGGAGGUGCGUCUCAUCGCCGUGGUGCUGCGCAGUGAGACGGUGGCGUACUGCUGCCUCCUCUGCUGCCAGGAGACGCUGCACGUCUCCGAAGGCGUCAGCAGCGUCCACCCGGACCACUUCCAGUUCCCCUACGGCACGGCGGACAUCAUGUGUCCCGUCCCCUCGGCCUGUCAGUCCCCGUCUUAUAUCACUGUGACCUCCGUGAUAACCAACACUGCGGCUGGACAAUGUGGAGAUAAACUGGAGCAGAGAUUCAUGGAGGUGAAGAACCUGGAGGCCAAAACAGAUUCCUUCAGAUACAAUUUCACCGUCUGCCUCUCCACCAUGUUCGAUUUCACCAACGUGCUGCAGCUGGUUCAGAGUCUGGAGAUGAUGAGGCUGCUCGGGGUGAACCGAGUCGUGGUGUAUAAAACCAGCUGCAGCCCUGAAACCCAGCGCCUGCUGGACCACUACACACAGCAAGGCUUCCUGGAGGUCGUCUCCUGGACUCUGUCCCGACACGUCAACGUGUCCCGGGGCUGGCUGCCGCUCCACGGCCCGGGCGACCUGCACUACAUGGGCCAGAUCCCCGCGCUCAAUGACUGCCUCUACAGAUACAUGUACCAGACCAGGUACCUGGCGCUGCAGGACAUGGACGAGCUCAUCCUGCCGCAGACGGUCAGCAGCUGGUCGGCGCUGCUCCCCCUGCUGGAGAAGGAACACCGCGCCAAGCAGUGUUACAUGUUCCAGAACAACGUUUUCCCCAUCACCGCGGCGCUGCCGCCUCCCGGCCCCGCCGCGGCGCCGCCGGCCGACCCGUGGGGGAAGGUGUCUGGGAUAAACAUCCUGAAGCACCUCCACCACGAGCCAGUCAUCAAAGAAACGGAGUUCUCCAACUUCAAGAUCAUCGUCAGCCCCCGCGCCAUCUUCUCCACCAGCGUCCACGGCGUGCUGUCGCCGCAGAACGUCUGCGCCUGGGUCGACAGGAACGUCGCUCGCAUGUACCACACCAGGGAUCCCAGACAACCGGAGCUCACCGCCGAUCAGCUGAUCUACGACGGCAGGCUGCUGAACUACAGCGCCGCCCUGCUGCCGGCCGUCACCACUGCACUCCGACAGAGCCGGCUGCUGCCAGAGGACGACACACACCAGUGAAGCUUCACGGUGACUCCACACUCAGAGGAAAGCAGAAGAAACUCUGCUGCUGACUGGUUUCUGUUUCUCAGGAAGAAAGCAUUGAAAUGAAUGAAUGGAUGAAUGAACUGAUGACUGGAUGACUGACAUGUUUCAUUGGGGACGUUUUGUUUUGGUCCACAUCGUCUCCGUGUGUUGUCAGGUGAAAGAUGAAUUCUGAGCAACUUGUUCAAAAAGCUGCUUUUCAUUUUCACAGUUGUUUUCUACUUUGUACAUAUUUUAUUUGUAUAGAAAUACAGAGAUUAUUGUGUGUUUGGGAUGACGGGACAUGUUUACAGCCUUAUUUAAUAACUUUAUGUAGAAUUUUCUGUUGUUUUUCAGCUCCUGAGACUCUUGACUGCUAUGAUUGUGUUUUUUGUGAUUUAAAAUAAAGGGCGUUUCGGCCUCUGCAUGACUUGAA